AUGGUAGCUCUCCUCGUAGUGGUUAGUUUUGGGUUAGAAGGUUUAGGUCUUGGUAGUCUGUUGAUGGUUGAAAAGAGGCAAUGUGUGUUGAGACUAGGGAUUAGCAUCACUGUGAAAUACGGAGGAGAAACAACAGUGAUAGAAGAGAUUGAUGGUGAUCGGUGGUCCGUAUUUGAAGCUUAUGUGGAGCUAAAGCACUUUGGUUACGUGGAGGAGAAUAUCCCAUCAUUGUGGUUCAAGGAUUCGACACAUGAAGACAUGGAGAAAAAUUUGAAGUUGUUUAAAAGUGAUGCGGAUUCCAUUGUCAUGUGUAAAAUAGCAGAGUUGAGAGACUAUGUAGAGUUGUAUGUUGUCUACAAGGUUGAGGAGGAAGACGUGUUUCCUGCUGCUGGCUACAUUGAUGUUGGGGAGAAAGAUGGGAUGGUUGACAUAAGUGAGGGGCAAGAUCUGAGGGACAAUGAAGUUAAUCAGGAAGUUGAGUGUGGUAAUUCUAGUGACAGUGACAGUCUCGAUUCAGAGUAUAAACCAUCUGGAGAAGAGGACGACAGUGAAUAUGAUUUGCACUUUAUCGACAGUGAUGAUGAGCUUGAUCCUGAUGUAAGUGGGUUUCAAGAUGUGAAUGUCAUGAAUAAAAAACGCAGGGCUGUGAAAAAGAAGGGUGUAGCAAAUGAGGACUUUGAAAAUGAUGAGGGAGGAAACAUGUAUGCAUCUCGGGAGGAGUUCAAGGACACUGUGACUGCUUAUGCUGUGCAUACCGCAAGGGCAAUCAGGUUUAGGAAGUGUGAUCUGAAGAGGGUUAGGGUUGUGUGUUCGGGAGAUUGUCCUUUUUGGUUGUAUGCUGCAAAAAUCGGAGAUGAGGAUACUUGGCAGCUCCGCAGCAUGAAUUUGACUCACACAUAUACACAAGCACAUAGGGUGGGGAUUUUACACUCGAAAUGGAUCGACAAGGUGUUUAAGAAGAAGGUUGAAGCAAAUCCCAAGGUGAAGAUAAGGGAGUUGGUUUCAAAGGCACAAAAAAAGUGGAACUUGACUGUCACUAAGUCAUUGGAGCUCUUGAGGGCAAAUCCAGGCUCCUCUGUUCACAUACAAGUGCAGAGGUCCCCAGAUCUUGAUAAUGAAGCACCAGCCUCAUCCAUGACCAAUUACUGCAUCUUCCAGAGGAUCUACGUGUGCUUGGAAGCAUGCAAGCAGAGCUUCCAGCAUUGCAGGUCCUUCAUUGGUGUAAAUGAGGCCGAGACCAAGGACUCAUGGACUUGGUUUCUAACUCAUCUUGCAUCUGAUAUUGGGCUUGAGAAGAUGGGAAGAUCCACCUUCAUGUCUGACCAACAGAAAGGUUUGUUGCCAGCAUACGACGAUGUUAUACCAGGAGUGGACAAUCGCUUCUGUGUGAGACACUUAUACAGCAACUUCAGGAAAAGGUUUCCAGGGUUACAAUUGAAGCAACUGAUGUGGAAGUGUGCUAAGCGACUCAUUAGAAGGAUUGGGAGAGAUACACUGGUUAACAACAUGCCUGAGAGCUUUAAUUCUGCCAUAGUUGAUGCUAGAGAGAAGCCUAUAGUUACGAUGUUAGAGGAGAUCAGGGUUAAACUAAUGACUAGGUGGGCAGAAAAUAGGAAACUUGCACAGAAUUAUUCAGGGACAAUCUUACCUAAGAUUAGAAUCAGGUUGGAGAAGAGGUCUAGAAUGUGGCAGAUGAGUGGCAUACCUUGUGUCCAUGCUAUUAGUUGUAUCAAAUUCAAGGGGCUUGAAUUGGAACCUUUUGUGGAUGGCUGUUAUAAGAAAGAAGCGUACUCGAGGUGCUAUGAGUCAGUCAUACACCCCUUGAACGGACCAGAUCUUUGGGAGAGAACAGCACAUCCUGAUGUUAUGCCACCCCCCUAUAGAAGGCCUAGUCGCAGGCCAGUGAAAAAGAGGAGAUCAGCUGCUGGAGAUGAAGAACAGAGCAGCCGCACUCACUUGUCAAGGAAGGGGAAGAAACAAAGGUGCUCUAUAUGUGGAUCUGUUGGACACAACAAAAGCAGAUGCCCUAAACCUAUUGAGAAUUUGGUAUGA